GGCAAACGUCAUCAGACUGAGGGUUUCAGCUAAAAGCAGUCAACGUCCAGUCUGAUUAUGGAGUCUUUUCUAAAGUUCCCAAUGAAACUUGUACUUUUAGCUGCAUGGCUUUCUAUUCUCCUGGACCCAUGCAAAUUUUCUGACUUCUGCAAAACAUGUCAUAAGGAGGCAAAGUGUGAAACUAGAAAUGGUUCAGAAAAUUGCUUUUGUAAAAAUGGAUAUACCGGUAAUGGGAGAACGUUUUGUGCAGAUGACAAUGAAUGUGAAAAUGUCACAGACAUCUGUGGUAAAGAUGCUUUUUGCAGCAACAUUCAAGGGAGCUACUUCUGUACAUGUGCACCUGGCUACAAAUCCACUGGGAAAGAAAACUUUCAAACAAAUGAUGGUACACACUGUGUUGAAAUUCCAAAGACAAUGUGUCACUUGGAUGAGAAAUGUAUCUCUCAGAUGGUCAAUAAAACACUACAAAGUAUGAGGGGCAAUAAAAGUCCUCUACCCCUGCUGCAAGAAAUCAAAAGACAAACUUCGAAGGAGAUGACACCAGUCGAUAUCAUUUCAUAUGUGGAGGUCUUAUCUCAAUCCCUACCAUUAUUAUCUGUUGUGAAUGACACUAGUGCUAAUGUGGAUGCUUCUACUAAUGAAACAAUAAAAGUCUUUGUUAACACAGUGAACAAUAUUGUUGAAAACAAUGCAUGGUAUAAUAUAACAGAGGUAAAUCAAGAACAGACCAUUACAAAACUAUUGCAUACUGUAGAAGAAGCAACACUGAGCAUUUCUAAAAAUUACAAAACAGCAACAGAAGUGGAAGUCAGUACAAACAACAUAGCCCUUAAGCUAUGUGCUUUUGAAACGCAACAGAAUAAGCAACUGAACCUUCAAGCUAAUCUGGGAGGAGAUUCUAUUAAAUUACACUCUUCAGAAACAAAAGCCAAUGAAAAUGUCUCUGUGGUUUUUCUUCGUUACACAAGCAUUAGCAAUCUUUUGAAAAACAGCAAAGACAAACUCGUGCAAGAGUAUAAACAACAUUCAGAAGCUGAAGAUUUUACUGUUAACUCUCAAGUUGUAGCAGUUGCCUUACAACCGGCAGAUGUCUAUGAGCUUGAUGUUGUAACAUUUUCCUUAAAACACUCUGAACCAUUUGACUUUGCCCUUCAUUCUGUGAAAUGUGCAUUCUGGAAGUACUCAGAGUCAAUGAGGGGCCACUGGGCCACAGUUGGUUGCAAAUACAUUCAUGUCAACAGAUCCCACACCACCUGCAGCUGUAAUCACAUGACCCACUUUGCCAUCCUGAUGUCUUCUGGACGUUCCGAAAUAACAGACCACUUGAAUAUUCUGACCAGACUUACCCAACUUGGAAUGAUAAUAUCUAUCAUAUGUCUCUCUAUGUGCAUUUUUACUUUCUGGUUCUUCAGCGAAAUACAGAGCACCAGGACAACUAUUCACAAAAACCUUUGCUGCAGUCUCUUCAUGGCUGAAUUCAUAUUUUUAGUUGGAAUUAAUAUGAGCACCCAUAAACACUUCUGCUCCAUUGUUGCCAUGCUGCUGCACUACUUCUUUUUAGCUGCUUUCGCCUGGAUGUGCAUCGAGGGAAUUCAUCUCUAUCUGAUAGUCGUCGGCGUCAUUUACAAUAAGGGUUUCUUGCAUCGCAACUUCUACAUUUUUGGCUAUGGGAGCCCUGCUGUUGUGGUAGCAAUUUCUGCAACUCUAGGUUACAAAUACUAUGGUACUAAAAAAGCGUGUUGGUUAAGUACAGAGAACAAUUUUAUAUGGAGUUUUAUUGGACCAGCCUGUUUAAUUAUUCUGGUUAAUCUCCUGGCUUUUGGAGUGAUCAUGUAUAAAGUGUAUCGUCACACUGCUAUAAAGAAACCUGAAAUCAGCCACUACGAAAAUAUCAGGUCAUGUGCUAGGGGUGCCCUCGCGCUUUUAUUUGUCCUUGGUGCCACCUGGACCUUCGGAGUUCUUCACAUCCUUCAAGAGACCACUGUCACUGCAUAUCUCUUCACGAUCUGCAACACUUUCCAAGGGAUGUUCAUCUUCAUCUUCCUUUGCGUGUUAUCCAGAAAGAUUCAAGAGGAGUACUACCGGCUGUUUAAAAAUGUGCCUUGUUGCUUCGAGUGCCUCAGAUAAACACUUCAGUAUAUAUGGGCAGACCUGCUACUUUGAGUUAGCAUUAUUUAUCUGUGCAAUAUCUAGACCAAUAUCUAACCAAAUAAAAAUUAAUAAAUGUAAUGUUUGAAAAAAUCCAAUAAAUGAAAUCCAUUUACAAAUCACUUCAUCUCACACCCUCUUAACACUCAUAUUUAAAUGUGGCUUUGGUCAUAAUGAAAUAUUUCCUUUUUUGUAAUUUAAUGUAAAUUAAAAUGCAAAGUGUAAUGUAUUUCAGUGUAUUGUUGAAAUCCGAUAGCAUGUAACCACCAGAUGUACUGUACAUAGCCACUGGACAAAGAGAGCUAAUUCCUGUUUUUUCCUUUUUAAAGAAUUUUCUUUUGUAUGUUUCCUCUUUUAUACCACUAUGAAUGCCCUUUUUAAAGGGAAUGAUUGGUAUAAUCAAAAAAUUAAAAAAAAAAUAUUGUUAAUUUAAUUUAUCUUUUAAUUUUGUGGGCAUUAUGGUAAUUUGUACUUUUCAAAUGACUUUUUUUUUCAUAUUUACAGCUUAAAUAAAUAGUAUUUUUAUAUCCGAAAAAUGUA